AAAAGCAGGAAAUGUGACAGUGUAGUUUUCCGCUUCCAUAAACAAGACGACUGCCAGAGUUAGCCGCCAGUCCUGUGCGCCUCUGGGCUGAGUCUCCCUCUGAGGGAGACAGACACACUGACAGAGAAAGUGAGCAAGGGACAACAGAGUGGGAAAGUGAGAGAACAGGAAAGAGGGGAGGCAGAAGGACAGGAAAACCCAUCAGAGGAAAAGAGAGACGGACAAGAAUUGACAGAAGAGGAGGAGAAGGGAGAAGAAGAGAGAGUAAAAGAUAGACUGAACUAAGUCUCUCUUCUUCUCCUCAAAGUCAUGGCCGAGAACAACACAAAUCUCUUUCUGGAAAUACUUCAGUCUUUUGAUGCUGUCCCUCUGAUCAUAGCUUUCUGUGUGUCCAUGGCGGUGGGCCUCGUCUUGGGGGCCUUGGUAUACGUGUUCUUGACCUGGAUGUCCAGACGCAGAGCAGGCUCUGCCAGCAUCACCCGCCGCCCUCCCCGCCACUCGCGCGCGUCUUCCCGCAACCGCCCAGGAUUCAACCGCAACAGCAGCUAUGACCGGCGCAGCAACAACAGUUUGGUCAGCGCUGCUUUCAGCUUCCACCGCCAGACUUCCUCCCCAGAUCACCUCGACCCACUGGGGCACAAAUCCAGCUUCCGGGCCUCAACCUUCCACCCUUUACUUCAGUGUAGCCAAAUCGCGAGGGAAGCAGAGGAGGGGAGCCAGACCACGUUGCCUCGUACGCCGACUCUGACCACGUCAGCUGGAUCAGCCCAAACAGCAGCCCAAUCAGCUGCCACCCCACCCAGACCUGAGUCAUUUUGGGGGAACAAUGGCCUGAGAGGUUUCCAUGCUACACAGACCCCACCUCCAGCUUAUGAAAGCAUUAUUAGGGCUUAUCAGGAAACAUGCACCUGAGAGGAGUGGGAGCACCAGGCUGACGACAGCUACAUGAGCCCAUAGAUGUAAAUGGAUUAACAAAUUAUAUUGGACUAAAUCUGUAUUGAUUUAUAUGACCAGGUGAAGCUGAGUGGAGCAACGAAGGACAUGAAGGUCAAAUCUGUGCGCUGCUCAACACAAUAACACUCUGAAACAACAAUCAGUCUUGUAUGUUUUUUGGUUUGUUAAUAUAUAUCUGGUGUUGACAUAAGCAUACUUGCCUUUCAUCAUUCAAUACUGCUGUAGAGUAUUUAUUUAGAAGAGUCAGGUAAUACUCUAAGCGUUGUGGAAACAGCUGCUUAUGAACAAAAAUUAUUCCUCUUGAAAAUUAGCAGUCUGUAUUUAGUGAUGAUUGACACUCAUGUAUGCUUGCAGAGAAUCUAUGUUUUUUUUUCUAUGGCUAAAAUUUACAAAUACAUACUGGCGACGGGGCAAUGCUGCAAGGCAAGAUGUCUCCUUUGUCCCUCCUGAUUAUCUAAUAUCUAUGCAACAGAGAGAAUGAAGUGUACCCCAAGGGAAGGGUGGAUGUUUGUGUGUUAACUUUACUAAAAUGUGUCAACAACACAUCUAUGCAAAACGUGGUGAAGACAGCUUUAAACUCAUUUGAUGUUUUAAUUGCUGCCUCACAAAUGUUUUUUUUUUACAGAGUUGUGGCAGAUGGGUGAGUGUGGCAUUUAACGUAAUUCAGUGUGUCUGUGUUUGCAUGUAUUUUAUUGUAUGUGCUAGAGAGACAAAGAAAGUUGGGCAUUAGAUGUCAUAAGUUUUUGUAGUUUAUCUUUGAACGUAAUUUACUGAACUUUGCUUAUAAGUUAAUGUAAUAAAAGCUGGGAUCCAAAGCAUUACAAAGUUGUUUUAAAUACGAAACAUGUGGUCUGGGUGUUUGCAAGAACAAACAAAGCAGUGCCCUGAUCUUAGGGACAUAACAUGAAAACCUUUAGAAUACUGUAACCAAAAAUUACCUUAGAGAAGUUUCUAAAAUUUCAUUUUCUGGACAGUGUUAGACAAAUAUUGAUAAUAUUUCAAGACUGUGAUGUUGUCCAUUGGUGAGGACCACAAGGGAACUACAUUAUUAAAAAACUCCCAACUGAACACACAUCUAAUGCAACUUCACCACAGACUACAGCCUGUCAAUCAGUCAGUACCACCGGCAUCAACAUAUUAACACCGUGAUCUUUGCAAUAGUUUGUAAUUGUUGCAUAAUUGUUACAUUGGACUGCAUUAUUCUUUCCAUACAAUCUGAGCAGACGGAUUAUUUUUAUGUCCAGUCUGACAACUGUUUCCGAUGAGGGAACUUAAAAAACUACAAUAGUGUUUGGUACAGAAGACCAGACAAGACCCCAGGUGCAGACUGUGCAAAGAUGCUCCUGAGACAGUUCAGCACAUAACAGCAGGAUGUUAGAUGCAGGCAGGAAGCGCGUACAUGGAAAGCCAUAAGUGGCUGGCAUAGUGUACAGGAACAUCUGCACUGAGUAUGGGCUGGAAGUCCCAAGGUCAGAAUGGAAGACACCCCCUAAGGUGGUGGAGAAUGAUCAAGCUAAGAUACUGUGGGACUUCCAGAUCCAGAUUGGCAAACUGGUGACAGCUAACCAACCGCAAAUCGUGUUGAUCAACAAACAACAGAACGAGGCAGUGGGGAUAGAUGUAGCAAUUCUGAGCGAGAGCAACAUCAGGAAGAAAGAACAUGAGAAGCUUGAAAAAUACCAAGGACUGAAAGAGGAGCUAGAAAAGAUCUGGGGAGUUAAGGCAACAGUGAUCCCUGUGGUAAUGGGAGCACUGGGGGCUGUGGCCCCAAACUGGGAGAGUGGCUCUAGCAGAUUCUAAGUACAACAUCUGAGACUCCCAGGCCUCUGGUAGAGGAGUUUGAGGAAGACACCCAACCACCCCCAUGGGUUUUCUUUUUUUUU